AUGGAUAAACUUUACCUUAUUUCUGUGGCGUUGCAGCUCAUCCAUUUAUGCGAGCACAAGUCAAUGGAUAACGGAUUAGGUCGGGUUACUUCCACGCUUGUCAAGGAAUCGGGUGAUAAGGAGGCCAGGAAGGCAGUCUUCAAGAGGCGUGACCCGUCUUGUCCAAGCUGCGGAAACAGAGAAACCUUCGCCGCCCGAUCAACUUUAGCUACAACAACAUUACCGAAAACUUCAGCUCCAAAAGCGUUCCGGAGAGAGACAUCAGGAUUAGGUCGGGUUACUUCCACGCUUGUCAAGGAAUCGGGUGAUAAGGAGGCCAGGAAGGCAGUCUUCAAGAGGCGUGACCCGUCUUGUCCAAGCUGCGGAAACAGAAAAACCUUCGCCGCCCGAUCAACUUCAGCUACAACAACAUUACCGAGAACUUCAGCUCCAAAAGCGUUCCGGAGAGAGACAUCAGGAUUAGGUCGGGUUACUUUCACGCUUGUCAAGGAAUCCGGUGAUAAGGAGGCCAGGAAGGCAGUCUUCAAGAGGCGUGACCCGUCUUGUCCAAGCUGCGGAAACAAAGAAACCUUCGCCGCCCGAUCCCGGUUGGAAUGUGCCAAAACGUGCACUGAGUCACAGGAGACCAAGAAAUGCACAUCUUUUCAUUUCAAGGAAGAGACGUGUGUUUUAGAAAUAAGAAGAUUUUGA